CUCUGCCUGUGUAUUGAACCUCUUUCCAUAAACAGGUCCAGAGAUAUUUUGAGGUUGUGUUUGUUAUUCGAAGGGAUAAAAGUGGAGGGACUGUGGUCAUUUUUAAGCAACUGGGGAACUGUCACAGCAGUUAAAAGAGCACUGAGUCUCAGUCAGCACUUCGUGGUCAACUAGUUCAGGUGGCUGUUUCAUGAAUCGUCCGGCGCAUCGUGUCAAGCUGGUUGGACACUACAGGGACAGUCCUCUUCUUCAGGCUCGUUCUCUGUAGCUCAUCGUUGUGGACUUUUUAUGUGCACAAGUUUGUCUCGCAUCAAGCUUCAGAGAAAGGACAGCUAUGGGAGUACCUAACUCGAGGGAAUACACUUACUAUCACGCUCCAAAUACACCCUUUAAGAUUGUGCUGAAAAGACGUAAUGAGCCUCUCAAGAAGGAGCGUCCAAAAUGGAAGAGCGAGUACCCGAUGACAGAGGGCCAGCUCAGGAGUAAGAGGGAUGAAUUCUGGGAUACAGCUCCAGCCUUUGAUGGACGAAAAGAGAUCUGGGAUGCACUCAGAGCAGCGGCACUGGCGGCCGAGUGCAAUGACCUGGAGCUAGCACAGGCUAUAGUGGAUGGAGCCUGCAUCACUCUGCCACAUGGCUCUCUCACAGAGAGUUAUGAUGAACUGGGUAACCGCUACCAGCUCCCAGCGUACGCUUUAGCCCCGCCUGUCAACCUCAUCUCUGAAACAUCCAGUGAGGUCAAAGUUUCUGAAUCCACACAAAAGCAAGCUCAGCCGCCUCCCUGCAGACAAGAGUUCCAGCUGCGGGUGCGAUUAUCAACAGGAAAGGACGUGCGUCUGACAGCCAGCCUGGCCGACUCCAUCGCCGAGCUAAAGAAGCAGCUGGAAGAACAGGAAGAAAUUGAUGUGACCCGCCAGAGGUGGUUCUUUUCCGGGAAGCUUCUCACCGACAAGACUCGUCUGCAAGAUGCCAAGAUCCAGAAGGACUAUGUUGUGCAAGUGAUAGUCAAUAUGAAUUCCCCAGUCAUAACUAACUGAGGCGUGAGACAGAGGUAAUGAUUUGCAGAAAAGAUCAAUUAUGUGCCAGGAGUAGGGCUUGAAAUCACUUUCCAGUUGGUACAGUGGAAUUUUGUGUACAUUUUUAUAUAAUAAAUUAUUGCUUUUAUAUUGCUCCUUUUUCUAUUUUUCCUUUUUCCAAAUGAAGUAAGAAUACUGAAAAGCACUGAAACACUUUAGAUUCAAAUUAGAGCCCUAAGAUGCACAUCCCAGUGUCUGUCUGUUUGUGAAGACAUCAGCUCACAGCUCUGUUGUUUACAUGGCUUCCCCUCCUUGUCGUGUCUGUUUGUAUUUGUGCUUAUUGACAAAUUAAAUGAGGUUCACCUGGGAACCUCAGUGAAGAAAAGCCAUUCUUUCUUUCUCUUUUUCUCUCCUCCCUUCUCUCUGUCUUUAUUUUGUAAGUUUUCUGUCAUGCAAUUUGAGAAAUAGGAAGAAAACUGUAAAUAUCAGAUUCAAUAUGUGUUGUUUUCGUCAUGUAUCUACGUGCACAUGCUAUGUUUUCAAUGCACAACUGUACAUUCAUGAUAAAGACACGGAAUGUAAUGAAGGCACCUUUAUAAAAGGUAAUAAGAGAUGAUCAGAUUUGUUUUUUAUUUCAUCACUUCAGACAAGAUACUGUAGUUUUAUGUACAUUAUGAUGCUCACUGUACUUGAAUAACUUAUCAAUAAAUAUUGUACAUUUAAAGUCA